AAAUGUUUUUCUUGCAGUGACACUUUAUUCCGAAGAUGUGGCAGCCCUGCACCAGAUAUACUUUUUCCCGCUGCUGCGGUCACACUGUUGAGUUGUGCGUCGCGAAAAUAAUUACUUUUUAGCCCAUAAACAGCCCGCAAGAGCGAUGGAAGCAAUAAGGAUCCCCGUCAGCACCAGCAGUGCAGCGCCCAUUACCGCUGCCAAUCCCCCCACAGUGACCACCAUUCCCACAGCAGCUGCAAGCACACUAAUCCAAGCAGGCGUGUCUCCAGCAACAACAAGCUUACCAACACCAGCAGCCACAACAACAACAACAACAACCACAUUAGGAAGUACAGCUCACAGUACAGCUGGAAUUUCAACACCGAUACGAAAUCCGAUUCCAAAUCUGCCGAUAGAACUGCAAAACGAUCAAAAGCGAAGAAGUUCAUCCCGGACGAUUAAAAGGAAGCGUUUUGAUGACGAAAUAGUGGAGUACAACAUUGCAGUGCCCACAAAUCGCAGCGGAACAGACGCCAAUCGCAACAGCAGACCACGCACCACCUCCCAGAAUUAUCCUGCUUUGGUGGGCGUGCCGCACACCACGUUAGCUCCUCUUAACAUACCCACUUCCACGCCAGAGACGCCUCAGACGCCGGGAUCAGUGGAUUCCCUGUUGCCGGGGACACCCAGCACUGUUGCAUCGCUGCCCCUGGCCACGCCCACAACGCCAGCUCCCUUAGCCACUCCCCUUCCAGUUGCGCCAAUUGUUACUGCCGUAGCGCAUCCCAAACCUCUGCCCAUGGAGCGCGCCACGGCGAGCGAGCGACGUUCGCGUCCUGUGCGUCCUGCCAGCAAAAAGGCGCAACGUAGAAAUGGUCGUCCCAUGGGACAGAUGGCCACCAAGGAUCUGGGCCGCUGGAAGCCCAUUGACGACUUGGCCCUCAUAAUUGGCAUCCAGCAGACCAACGAUCUGCGGAUUAUCCAUCGCGGCGUCAAGUUUUCUUGCAAAUUUACUCUGCAGGAACUGCAGCAGCGCUGGUAUGCUCUGCUGUAUGAGCCUGCGGUGUCCAGAAUAGCAGUGUCCGCCAUGAGGAACCUGCACCCUGAACUGGUGGAGUCCGUUCAGCGCAAGGCUUUGUACAGCGUGCAAGAGGAGGACCUCCUUGGAACCAUUAAGAGCUCGGAACAACCUAAACUUGAGCAGUUCCAGGAGCUCCUGGACAAGAAUGCAUCUGUUUUCUACUGCGCUCGCACUGCCAAAUCCUUGCAAAACCAUUGGCUUCUUCUUAAGCAGUACAGCCUAUUGCCGGAUGUGAAGCCUGUAUAUGGCACAGAUCAGCAACCACUCAGCUUCUCGGAUGCAGAAGAUCAAAUCUUCGAGCACGACCUUAACGAGCCACGUGAUGAAGCCCUGGAGAUGGAGCGAGCUCUGGCAGAUCGUCGCAACAAACGUGAUAUUCGCUUGCUGGAGAACGAGCUCUCCCGCUGGGGCGUCCUGGUGGAUUCCGUGCUUAGUCCGACCGCUGCCUCCGAGUUCGACAACCAGACACUGGCCUGCUUGUGCGGUCGCCAUGUGCGGUACCUUAUGCGUUCCAAGGAAAUUACAUUUGGUCGCGAUGCCAAAGACUGUGUGGUGGACGUGGAUCUGGGACUCGAGGGACCGGCUGCAAAGAUCUCGCGCCGCCAGGGAACUAUUAAGCUGCGCAGCAAUGGUGACUUCUUCAUCGCCAACGAGGGGAAAAGGGCCAUCUUCAUCGACGGCACUCCUUUACUGACCGCCAACAAAGCCCGACUCGGUCACAACUGCACAGUGGAAAUCUCCGGUCUGCGCUUCACCUUCCUGGUCAACUACGAGCUGAUCAACGCCAUCCGCCAGGAGAGCGCCAAGACAUCGAAUCCCCUCAACUAGUUGCGCUCAGAGUGUGCUCAGUUGCGCUGGAUGCUAGUGUGUAAUGUAUUCUAGUACUUAGUAAACACAAAAAAAAAAGAAUUCUGGAAUAAAAAGCAUAUGGACAUAUGUAUAAACUAUAAA